GUCAUUGAGUCGAUGGAUUCCUCAAGUUUCAUAAAUGCUCUGCGACGGUUCCUUUCCAUCAGAGGACCAGCCAAACAAAUCAGGUCCGACUGUGGUACAAACUUUAUCGGGGCCUGCAGAGAGCUGAAGAUGGAGGCCGUUCAGAGUGACAAGGAGGUCCAAGAGUACCUGAGUGACAAAGGGUGUACUUGGGUCUUCAACCCACCACACUCAUCUCAUAUGGGAGGCAGCUGGGAGAGAAUGAUUGGCAUUACGAGGCGCAUCCUGGAUUCCAUGCUGCUGAAGGUGGGUCCAUCCAGGCUUACUCACAAAGUCCUGAUUACUUUCAUGGCGGAAGUCUCAGCCAUCGUGCAUGCUCGUCCAUUGGUUCCUGUGUCCACGGAUCCAGACUUCCCCCUCAUCUUGACGCCAGCGACACUCCUCACCCAAAAGGUUGCUGUAGUUCCUCCUCCCCAAGGUGAAUUCAACGAGAAAGACCUCUUCAGCCGGCAGUGGAGGCAAGUUCAAAGCCUUGCCAACACCUUCUGGCACCGCUGGAGAAAAGAGUAUCUUCCUACCCUGCAGAGCCGUAGGAAGUGGCAGAAAGAGAAACCCAACCUUAAGGAGAGAGACAUUGUGAUGCUGACAGACAGUCAAGUGAAAAGGAAUGACUGGCCCAUGGGCAUCGUUGUGAAGACCUUUCCUGGCAGAGAUGGGAAAGUAAGAAAGGUUGAAGUCAAGACAGCAAGACAGGGGUCAUGCAAGACCUUUCUGCGUCCAGUUUCAGAGACUGUCCUACUCUUCUCUCCAGAGACUGAUAAGUAA